UUGGGUAUUAUUUCAUGAGCUUGUGUUGUCUAUCAAGCACUGUUUCACUUCCUGGUGCACAGUAACAGAAAGUGAAGACGUUUCUGGAAGUUUUUCUCCAGUUUUAGUCGUCGACGAGCAGCAGGUGACACCAUGAGCGAGCCUACGGAGGUUAGCGGUUCCGGUUUGACCACAAAGGAGCUGCAGCAGAGGUGGAGAGAAGUGAAAGGGACGCAGCGACCACAUAAAGUGCUUUUCGACAUCCCGGCUAGUCGAGUUGUCGAGGAGCAGGACCCCCCCUGCAAAUAUGUGGUGUACCAGGUGGCAGUGAUGGUCUGUGGAAGUUUCAGCGCCCAACGUAUGUGCGUGGAGCGACGCUACAGCGACUUCUUCAGCUUCCAUCAAAAGCUCCUGGAGGAGUUCAGCGAGGAGCUAGAGGAGCUGGUGCUUCCCUGCAAAUUUAUGACGGGCACCGUAUGGGGGCGGGGCUUAGCCCUGCGGGACUACCUGAACCAGGUGUUUGCCGUGCGCUGCGUGCGACACUCGCCUCUCUUCCACGAAUUUCUCACCGGCAAGGAGCAGAGGCGGGCCAGGGCCCUGCUACGAGGCGGUCAGUUCAAGGCGGCGCUGGAGCAGCUACAGAUAGUUCUGCGGAUCCAAGAGAAUCUGACGCCAUGGCAGAGGCCCACCCUGUUGGUCCCCACUCUUGCCGCAAUUGCCGUAUGUCACCGGGACCUGGAGGAGCAUCGGGAGGCGGUGGCCGCAGCUCACCGAGCUCUGCCCACCGUCAGACGCUGGGGAAUGAGCGAGUACCGAGGAGGUCUUCUGGAAGUGCUGGUGGAUUUGAGCUACCGUCUGCAGCUGCCCGUUGCCCGACUCCAGCGAGAGCUGACGGCACUACGGGAUGACCAAGCAGUCUCCUGGUGCUCCUUGAAGGAGGUGGUCGUGCGAGAUGUCACGUGAUUGACGCUAAGCAAUUCAUUGGCUUAAACGAGUGUGGCUUGUCUUGGUAGUCAAUAGGAACCGGAAAUUAGCCAUAAUUGGAAGUUUUUUGCAACUUAUACUUUUUAUUGUUUGACAUUCAUUGUGGACAACAAAGAAGGAAUGGUGUGGCAAUCACAAUAAAACUGUUUUUAUUUGAUUUUCGCGUUUGUCAAAUUUGCUGAACUUACUGUAUCAA